CGUAGUUAGACCGUGCUGCCGCUGAACUUUCGCUGUCGUGUUUCUUUCAUAGAACCAUUUAUUCGUCGUCCAUGAAACACAACUUGAGGAAUUUACCAAACUGACUCAAAUUGUGGAUCUUUUGUAAGUGGAAGCCAUCCCCCUGAAGUGCACGAUAUUUUAAAGACAGCUUUGUUGCCACUUUUUUCUCUUUUGGUCAAGCUUUCUUUCAUUUAAGAGUUGUAAUCUAAUCAUGGAUACUGAAAAUGAAUGCUACCCCGGCGAAGGAUCUUCUGCAAAAGCGUCAGUUCAAGCUGUGAACACUAUUAAUUUGAUAAAACCGGCUGGAGAAAAACGCUCACGGCGCCCUCCACCAGCUUUUGUAUCUAGAAACAAAACACCAACGAAAAUUUCGACCCGUAAAGAACCGAAACCUGGUGCCAAACACCCGAAAUACCGUUCAAUGGUUAUAACAGCAAUUGAUAGUAAAAUUUCGCGGAAUGGUGUUUCAUUGAGAGCGAUAUUAAAUUAUAUCCAAUCGACUUUUGAAGUGAGUUCAAAUUCGAAGUUCGUCAACACGCAAGUGAAAAAAACGUUGGCGAAUAUGGUUGAGGACUGUGUGGCUAUUCUGGUGACUGGCACGAUAGGAACAGGUUACUUUAAACUGAAGCCUUCACAGAAAUCCAAAUCUAAAAGUGACGGCAACAGCAAUGGGAAGGCUAAUAAAAAGACCCACAUGAAACCAGUCCGUACCAAAAGUGGGCAGUCUACUUUAGAUAAGAACUCGACAUUUACUAAAUCCCCAGGAACCAGCAAAUCUGCUGCUAAAACGAAAUCAAGACAAAUUGGUGAAGAAAAUACUCCGCGUCAAACGAAAACCAAACGAGUUAUUUCAUCUAAAAGAAAAUCUCUCUUACCAAAAAACCUGAAACGAGCCAGUCUUUUGCAUAGACGAAAAUCUGUUUCAAAAACUCCUGCAAAGAAAUCUAGUUCAAAGAACUCGAAAGCUAAGAGUCAUGACAAAGUUCCAGAGAAAUCAGUUAAAAAACCAAAAAAUAUUCAGAAGAAACAAAUGUCACAAGUCGAACGAAAGUCGCCGAAGGUGAAAAAAGAACUAUCAAAAAACAGUAAAGCUACUAAAUCGAAGUCCGUAGUUCAAAAUUCUAAGAAGCAGCUUUCAAAAUAGACUUUUUUCUUUCAUUGUAACACCACCCACUUGUAUCUCAUUUCAAGGGGGUUUUCAACAAUGCAAUGAAAUUCCGUUGCAUCCCUACUUAGAACAUUACUCUGUAUUAAAAACAAACCAUUUAAAAUGAAGCAACGCUAGAAAAUUUAGCAACAGAUUAGAUACCAUUAGGGGAUUUAAUUCACCCUGCUUUAAUUUCAUUCUUGAAUUCCAGUGGAAUACAAAGCGAUCAUUGUUGGUCUGUAUAAUCGAUUAUAUCCCUUAUCUGGGUCGAUGUACCAGCCCUAUUCUGUGACCCCUAUCCCUUCAGCUCGCGCAUCCUAGAGAAUUCACUACAUCAAAGGUGGGGUGGGGGAGAGGAUAUCUGCAUUUGCUCGCAACUAUAAGGAAUAUCGAAAAGCAUUGUACAUUACAUUAUUAGCAUUCUUUUUUUUUUUUUUCUAAAAAAAAUACCAAUAUUUUAAGCUCCUUUCUAUUUUUAAGCUAAUUCGUUUCACUUUUCAUGCAAUAAUUCGUUAUAAACAAAGUGUUCGGUCUGAGAAAUCCCUGAUCUUUUUACCAGCUUGGCAUAGUUAUAAACUACUUGGCGAUGAUGAAACUGCCAAAGCUGGAUCGCUUCUAGAUUUGUUCGAUCAGAGCAAACCCAGUGCUAAAAUUUUAAUUCUCACAUCAAUGUAGCCAAUGUUGCUGCUUUUGUCCACAAAAUUCCAUCUACGUUAAAUGAAUUAAAACACUUGGUAACGAUACUGUCAUCGUUUGUAAAUAUGUUUCAUUUUGGGCAAUGUCUGGUUAAAUAGAAAUUAAUUUAAUAAUUUA